AUGACAAUACAAGAUCAAGCUUAUGACCUUAUUUAUUUGAGGAAGUUAGUUCUUUUUGUUCUUGGUGCCCGCUCUUCUCUGUCAUCUAAUCUAUCUGAUACUCAUGCUAAUCUACAUGAUGUGGUUGUGGACACUAUUGGGAAUUUGGUUGUUGAAGACUUUGAAGAUGACUUUGUGGAGACAAACUUUGAUAGAUUUAAAGCCUCCAUGGAAUUUUCGUUUUAA